UCCCCUCCCCUUCCCAUUCACACACGUAUUCUUUGUCGAAAUAUCUACUGUGAAGAUAAUGUACAGCUGUUUCUACAACCACCUGGCGUAUGGUUGUCUCCCGUGACGCAGAACGCAGAGAUGGAUGAAGCAGAGGUGGAUGACGAGGUGCAACUCCUCUUACCUUCACAGAACCCUGCCAUGGGAACCAGAGGUGGAGGGAGAGGAGGAGGCACUCCUGCAGCCAUCAUUCUGUUAGCAGUAUUCAGUGCCAUUGGAGGCUUCCUUUUUGGCUAUGACACUGGUGUAGUCUCAGGAGCUAUGAUACUUGUAAGAGAUGAAUUUGAGCUGAGCACACUGUGGCAUGAGCUGAUUGUGUCAUCCACUAUUGGGGCUGCCUGGCUGGCGGCAUUGGUUGCUGGUCCUGCAACAGAUCGUUUUGGACGGCGACCUGUGAUUCUUGUUGCAAGUGUGGUGUUUACUGUUGGGGCAGUGAUCAUGGGAGUAGCUCCAGAAAAGGUGACACUGCUAAUUGGAAGAAUAAUUGUUGGAUUGGGAAUAGGUAUGGCUUCGAUGUCAGUGCCAGUAUAUCUGAGUGAAUCAUCCCCUGCUGAUCUUCGUGGGCGCAUCACUGUAACCAACAAUAUAUUCAUCACUGGUGGUCAGCUGGUUGCAUCUCUGAUUUGCGGUGCUUUUUCAAAAGUUCCGCAGGGUUGGAGGUAAGGCUGUAACCAACAAU